CGCGUUUACAGGCACACGUGUGGCAUGACAGCUGGGAGCAUGCGCACUGAUGGGCCCGAGGUAGGAAGGGAGAAUGAUGUCAGUUUCCGUCUAACACUGACAGUGAUGGUUCCGAGAAACUCCUUUCACAGGGGGAGAGGGGAAGCAUAUCCAGAUUUUUCCUCGAGUAAUGUUUGACUGGAGUCGUGUGCAUCUAUAUUCCACGCUCAAUUGUGCCAUUCUGAGUUCCAGACUUCAGAUUCCUGGGGUUCGAUUCUAGAGAGUGGUGCUGGAAAAGCACAACAGAUUUCCAGUAUCCACAGUUAUUUGUUGCUUGUUUACUGAUCUGGAUGAUCUCGGAUUUAUGGGGAAUAGAAUGUUUCAGGCCUUCAGGAGUGUGACAGAAGAAUCAAACUCAAGAGGUGACAAAUGCAUGGAUGUAAUUUUCAGAAGCAUAUGAACUGAGGUGGGGCAGGGUCAGAAAUUAUUCCUGAGAUUUGAAGCGGUGGUCACAAUGAAAGUGUGGACAUGCAGUUGGAAGCUCAUCCGAGCAGUAAAUCAUUUACCAAGCUUUCAAGUGGCUAGUUCAGCCUCACACAUUUGACAUGAAGAUAGAUGGAACUGGUGGCUGGAGAGUGGUGUUUGCAGUGUGAUUUGGACAUAAUGGAUUUGAAUUUCUCAUUAUUUAAUUGUGCAAAAUUUAUGUCAAACGUUUUGUAUUAAUGAUACCUAAAAUCUCUCCCAUUUCUCACUCUGUCUGUCUCUGUCCCUCUUACUGCCUUUCCUCCUCCAGGGAUUAGACUCACGUGUAAGUCCAGACCAGGAAGUGAGGUUUCUUCAUUGAAGAACAUUGUUGGAUCAGUGACAAUCCAUCCAUGUUUGUGAUCACUAUUUCUGAGUUUUGACCCCAUAAAUGAUCAAAAUAAUUCAGAAAGACAUGCGGAAAGAAAUCUGAAAGCAAAUAAUACAUUGACUUCAGACAGAGCCACUUGAUUCAUUGGGACUUGAAUAUCAGUAGCCGUUUAAAUCCAGAGGGAAUGUUUGUUUUGGUCUGCUUGAGAAAGUUUGGACACUGGUGCGGCAGGAAGAAUAUUGAGACGCCCAAGUGAGGGAGAUUCAGUGCGCUGAUUGUGAAAAGUGCUACAAACCAUUUUCUCAGCUUGGGGAAUCAAAAUCUCGCCCCUCACGGUGGGAAAGAUUAUGUCCCCGUUCUGUUUGUAAUUUCAAACCCAGAGCAACACAAGGAAAGCUCCCCACUUGCGGAAGCCGUGGAAAUGUAGGGACUGUGGGAAAGGGUUCCCUUCCCCAUCCGUGCUGGAAAUGCACAGACGCGUUCACACUGGGGAGACACCAUUCACCUGCUCUGUGUGUGGGAAGGGAUGCGGUUGGCUGUGCAGCCUGAAGAGACACCAGCGAGUUCACACCGGGGAGCAGACGUUCAUCUGCUGCCAUUGUGGGAAAGGAUUCAUUCAGACUUCCCACCUGCAGACACACCAUCGGGUUCACACCGGAGAGAGGCCGUACUCCCGCUGUCAGUGUGGGCAGAGAUUCAUCGAUGCAUCCCACCUCCUGACGCACCAGUGCGCUCACACCGGGGAGAAUCCAUUCACCUGCUCCAAAUGCGAGAAAUCAUUUGUCAAUUCUUCUGGCCUGUUGAACCAUCAGCAGAUCCACACCAGGGAGAGGCCGUUCACCUGCUCAGUGUGCAGGAAGGGAUUCAGUCAGAUGGGAAACCUGCAGAUGCACGAGCAAGUCCACACAGGAGAGAAGCCAUUCACAUGCCCUGCGUGUGGGCAGAUGUUCACUCAGUCAUCUACUGUGCUAAUCCACCAACGGGUCCACACUGGGGAGAGGCCGUUCAACAGCUGUGAUUGUGGAAAGGGAUUUGUGAAUUCUUCCAGGCUACAGACCCACCAGUGGGUGCGCACUGGGGAGAGGCCAUUCACCUGCUUCGGGUGUGGGAAGGGGUUCAGUCAGGUGAACAACUUGCGGACGUACCAGAGGGUCCACACCGGGAAGAGGCCGUUCACAUGCCCCGAGUGCGGGAAGGGAUUCAGUCAGAUGGGCUAUCUGCAGACGCACCAGCAGGUUCACACCAGGAGAAGCCCUGCAUGUGCUCCGUGUGCAGGAUGGAGUUCACUCAGUUAGCUGCACUGCUGACUCACCAGCGGGUCUACACCGAGGAGAGGCCGUUCACCUGCACUGACUGCAGGAAGGGCUUCACCUGCUCCUCCCACCUGCAGAAGCACCAGUGAGUUCAUGUGCUAUUGCAGGGAGAUUGAAGGAGCGAUAGCCAAGUGUUAUUUUUGACUGGACUAUCAACUCAGCCCGGGGUUCGAAUCCUGCUGUGGCACAUGGCGAAAUUGGAAUUUGGUCAGAAAUCUGGAGUUCAGAAUCUAAUGAUAAACAGUUUUGGGCUGAAAUCCCCUUCUGAUUCACUCAUGUCCUUUUUAGAGAAGGAAACUACGGUUGCGGGAAAGGAAUCACUCCAUCGUCCCAGCUGUAUUCUUUACCCACUCUGGCCGAUACAUGAUUCCAGACCCACAGCAGUGUGGUUGACUGUUGACCGCCCUCCCCACCCCUUCCCUCGGCAAGUGAGCAGGGAGAAACUUACUUGGAUGCAGUGUGUAGGUUGAAAUUGCUGAGUGAGGCAAUACUUCCUGUGGGUUAAAGCUGUAUCAAGGAUCCAAUUACAAAGGGAGAGCUGAAAAUGUGUUGCUGGAAAAGCGCAGCAGGUCAGGCAGCAUCCAGGGAA